CAGAACUUAUAUUUUGACAUGAGGUAAGAAGAGAAAGUGGGUCUACAACAGACCCAUGUUUGCAAAGUCUGUUUAAUUGACUACAGCUCCGCUAUCAACACCAUAGUGCCCUCAAAGCUCAUCACUAAGCUAAGGACCCUGGGACUUAACACCUCCUGCAACUGGAUCCUGGACAUCCUGUUGGGCUGCCCCCAGGUGGUAAGGGUAGGUAACAACACAUUUGCCACGCUGAUCCUCAACACGGGGGGGCCCUCCUGUACUCCCUGUUCACCCAUGACUGCAUGGCCAGGCACGACUCCAACACCCACCAUUUAGUUUGCUGACGACACAAGUGGUAGGCCUGAUCACUGACAACGAUGAGACAGCCUCAAGGGAGGUGGUCAGAGACCUGGCUGUGUGGUGCCAGGACAACAACCUCUCCCUCAACGUGAUUAAAACAAAGGAGAUGAUUGUGGACUACAGGAACAGGAGGACCAAGCACACCCCCAUUCUCAUUGACGGGGCUGUAGUGGAGCAGGUUGUGGACGUCAAGGAACUUGAAAUGCUCAUCACUAACAAACUAUCAUGGUCCAAACUAGGGUUUGCAAAGGGUCAGAAACUUUCCUGAAAAAUUUAAUGGGAAGUUAAGCCUGGGAAUUUUGCUUAAAUUCAUCAAAGAAGUUGGCUUAUAACAGUGAAUCUUUUUUGUGGGAUACACAUAUGGCAAUUCUAGGUCUUGUAGCAUAUUUUGGUUAAACUAUCCCCAAUUCAAUGGAAUUGCAACCAUCUGCAUGCACAUUGCAUUUCAUCACAUGUACAGCUGAUUCUCAAGAUCUUCCACACUAAUGAGAUGCUAUUGAGCCCACACUACUACACUGUCUGAUCCAAGGAUUACAUGCUUUCUGGUAUGUUGUGAGUACAAUAUUUGGAAGGGUGAAUAUAUUUUGACAAUUUCUUUUGUAAACUAGUAAAUAGUAGUCUACAGUGAUGUGUGUUUAAAUAAUUUCUAAUUUAACCAUUUCUGCUGGGUAGUUUUUGCUACCAUGUGGGUUUUAGCUUGCUUGACUGAGCGUUAAUUCACCUGUUUCCACAUUUCAUUUUAAAACAUUUCUUACAAAGGGGUUAUUUAAUGUAACUGCUUAAUCAUUUAUCUGUCCAUGGAAUUGUAUUUAAAAAAUGUUUAACAAAUUUUUUUUCUAAUGUUUUCAGGAAAAUGCCACGGGCACGAUCUGAUGUGUGGAGACCUUUCACUGCAGCUAAUGUAAAAGGAAAAGAUGUGUACAUUUGCAAAUACUGUGUCCAAAUCAUAUGUGAAUAAUGCAACAAAGAUGCCAAAAGUCCCUCUUCUACUCGAGGUGAAAAUUAUGAAUCCGACACCUUAUCCAUAGCAACAGCUCAUAGUCUUCCUGGAAUCAGAAGUUUCCUUUGACUCAAUGGAGGAAUGUACUCAGAAAUGCUGUUGAAUGUCUUGCUUGAGCUGUGUAUGCAACUGGAUCACCUCUGCUCACAGGCAAUGUGUAUUGGAAGAUAUUUCUGAAUGUUCUUUGCCCAGCAUACACCGCUCUAACCGGACAUGCUUUAUCUACUCAUUUGCUGAAUGCAGAGUUCAAUAGAGUUCAAGUGAAGGUCAAGCAAAGCAGACUAUUGCAAUCAUCUCUGAUGGGUGGUCGAAUGUUCGUGGGCAAGGAAUAAUUUAAAGACUUCAUCUCCACCCCUCAACCUGUAUAACACAAGGGACAACAGACACUGGUUUCUACAUUGCAGAUGACUUGAAUGCAGUCAUCAAUGACCUUGGACCACAGAAAGUAUUUGCACUGGUGACAGACAAUGCUGUGAACACGAAGGCUGCUUGGUCUAAAGUGGAGGAGUCCUACCCACACAGCACACCCAUUGACUGGGCUGCUCAUGCAUUGAAUAUGCUCCUCAAGGACAUCGUGGCACUGAAAACCAAUGGAUACACUCUACAAGAAAGCCAAGGAAAUGGUUCGUUAUGUGAAGGGUCAAGUUAUAGCAGCAAUCUACCUCCCCUAGUAAAGUGAGAAGAAUAAGAGCACCCCAUUGAAGCUGCCUAGCAACACCCAUUGGGGUGGUGUCAUUAUGUUUGACAGUCUCCUGGAGGGGAAGGAGUCUCCAAGAAAUGGACAGCCCCAUCAAGAGGAUCCUCCUGGAUGAUUUAUUUUGGGAGAGAGUAGUAAGCAGCCUGACACUCCUGAAACCUAUAGCAGUAGCCAUUGCACGGAUUGAGGGAGACAAUGUCAUCCUGUCUGAUGUUUAGCCUCCGCUUACAGAUGUAAGAGAAAUCCGUACUGUCCUGCCCACUUCACUGUUGCUUCAAGCAGAGGAAACUGCAGUUCUGAAAUGCAUCAAAAAGCACAAAGACUUCUGCCUGAAGCCCAUACAUGCCUCAGCAUACAAGUUGGACCGCAAUUAUGCUGGUAAUCCUGCCUUUAGCGAAGUAUACUUUCAAGCAAGGGCUUUGGGCUGGAGAUGCAAUAUGGCAGUUGUGCCAACAUAUCUCAUCAGCCACCUGGUGUAAGGGACUUUGUGGGUCCCGAGGCUCUUUCCCCUGUUGCCUCAAUCAUCCUCCAAAUCGCACCAACAUCAGCCGCCUCAGAGAGCAACUAGUCCUUGUUUGGGAACACAAAGCAUGCAACCGGCUGACCAAUACAAGGGUUGAAGAAUUGGUGGCCAUCUGAGUAAAUCUGAGGCUUUUUGAGCCUGACAACGAGCAAUCCUCAAUAAGGUUGGAAAAUGACAGUGAAGAUGGGGCCCCAGAGUCUGAUGUUCAAGAGGUGGACAUUGAGCAGGUCCAGGGAGGAGACAUGGAAGCCUGAGAGGAAGACUACCAAAGCUUUAGUUUCUAGACUAUCAUUUUACAGAUGUAUGUUAAAUUUUUUGGGAGAUGCAACGGAUCAUUCAAUAUUCCCUUUUGUUGAUCAGUGAAAUCAUCCCAUGUGAAGAGUCGAGUAGUUUAAUUAAAGUGUAACAACAAAAGAAAUCUAUUGGGAUUUAAUCAUUUGCAAUUAUUCCUACUUAUAGUAAGGUAAAAGGUUUAUGUUUCUGUCUCCAUAUGAUAUGGUAAAUUUAUCCAAUGCAAAAAACAAUCUACAUUUUAAAUGGUAUUUAAUAUUAAUUUUCAUAUUCCCACAAAGUUUCCACCUCUGAAUAUUCCCCAAAAUGUGCAACCCUAGUCCAAUCACACCAAGACAGUUGUAAAGAGGGCACGACAAAUCCUAUUUCCCCCUCAGGAGACACAAAAUAUUUGGCAUGGGUCCUCCGAUCCUCAAGGUUCUACAGCUGCACCAUCGAAAGCAGCCUGACUGGUUGCAUCACUGCCUGGUAUGGUAACUGCUCGGCUGCAAUGCACUACAGAGGGUAGUGCGUACGGCCCAGUACAACACCGGGGCCAAGCUUCCUGCCAUCCAGGACCUCGACCACCGUCUGGAUCCAAUGAUGAGUUACAUGGAAAAGCCUGAAGACAUUACGAAAGACGCAUGGAUGGACAAACUGAACAAUGUACAAAUACAGAGGGCUGACAUGAACCGGCUCAUUAUGAAUUACCUGGUGACAGAGGGGUUUAAAGAGGCAGCUGAGAAGUUCCGCAUGGAGUCUGGGAUCGAGCCCAGUGUGGACCUGGACUCGCUGGAUGAGAGGAUAAAGAUCAGAGAGAUGAUCCUAAAGGGGCAAAUACAGGAGGCCAUCGCACUCAUCAACCACUUACACCCAGAACUGCUUGACACCAAGCGCUACCUGUACUUUCACCUGCAACAACAGCACUUGAUUGAGUUAAUCAGGCUGCGGGAGACGGAGUCUGCUUUGGAGUUUGCCCAGACACAGCUGGCAGAGCAGGGUGAGGAGAGCAGAGAGUGCUUGACAGAGAUGGAGAGGACGCUGGCUCUUCUUGCCUUCGAUACCCCAGAGGAGUCGCCCUUUGGAGACCUGCUUAACAUGAUGCAGCGACAGAAGGUGUGGAGUGAGGUGAACCAGGCUGUGUUGGACUACGAGAACAGGGAGUCAACGCCCAAGCUGGCCAAGCUACUCAAGCUGCUGUUGUGGGCUCAGAACGAGCUGGACCAGAAGAAAGUGAAAUACCCCAAAAUGACGGACCUCAGCAAAGGCAUUAUUGAGGAUCCCAAGUGAAAUGACGAGCAGUGACAUGGACUACCAUACUUCCUUUCUCCUAUUUAUAAUCCGUGAAAGACUGGAUGAUAACGGAAAAAUAACAUGUGUAUAUAAAUGCUUUUUUUCAUGUUGCAUAAAUGAGAGGACUUAAUUGAGUGUGCAAAUGCUAUAUGGCUGUAAAAAAAAGAGUGUAAACCACGAUUUAAACAUUUCAACAGAGUACCCACAUUUAUAUACACUUUGAGAGACCACACAUUUAAAUGGCUGGUUUAUAUUUGAUUACCUGAGAAAUUGGUAUUAAUCAAUUUUACUUGAGUGUCAUGGUCAGUUCUGAAUUUGAAUGAGUUAUUUUAAGCCACUGAGUCACCACGUUGAGUGUUGGGAUUUUAUACAAACCAUACAGUUAAAGGUCCAAUGGAGCUGUUAUUUUCAUUCUCUAUAAAAUAAUUUCUGGGUAACAAUUAAGUAUGUUACUGUUCAAUUAAAGUCGUCUACAGGAAACAAAUAGCUUCUUGGUGAAGAGCAAUUCCUCAAGCAAGAAUUUUGCUAGGAUUGUCUGGGAGUGAUCUGAGUGGGGAGGGUAAAACAGAACUAUCUAUUGACAGAGCUCUUUCUUAUUGGUGACGUUACCAGACAGGCCAAAACUCUGAGGCAGUCUUUUAAAACAGCUCUUACACUACCACCUUUUUCAAAAUGUCAGUAUUUCAACCUCUGUGUGGAAAUAUGUAUAUUAAACACAGGAAAUAUAUUUGUUUGUAAUGCACAGCCUUUUAAGCCUAAAUUAGGCUUCUAUGUAAAGGACAGAGGGAAAUAUAGGCUAAAUGCUGUUUUAAUUUUUUUAUAAGGGGUUUGGGUCAUGUGGAAAAGGUCAGGUAACAGUUAUCUACAGUAAUUUGAUUGGUUAAAAUGGCUAGUCUCUAUCUUCUGGACAUCUGGUCUUAACCUGUCUACUGAUGGAUGAAAUUAUUACACACAUGGAAAUAUGGGUUUCUUUUAAAUGGUUGACUGAGUUUACAUUCCCUUCUGUGUUUAAAAGAUACCUGAAGCUCUGCCUUGUAGGUUAUAUUGAGGCAUGAAAACUUGUAGCUGGAGGGUGAAAACCUUGACCUUUCACAGUAUAAAGCCUCUCGUAGAGAAGUUGGUAUAAGGUACACAUGACCAGAUUGCUAUUAAGAGUUAGUAACCAGUCAAUUUGUACAUUUACUGCACAGUGGCAUGUGGUGUAAAUAUUGUUCAAUGGGUUAAGGUCACUGUAGAAAUGCUCAUUUCUUUAUGUUGUGACAUUUGUUUAGUUUUUUACCUGCUGCUAAAUGUCAAUUUCAUUGUAUGAUCAGACAAUGUGAUUAUGCACAGACUACAGAGAACUCUCCUCCCUUGUAUUAUUGGGAUUUUUUUAGGUCAAAUGUGCAGAUAUUGAAAUAAACUUGUUUUCCUUGUG